UGACAUUUCGAUCAAUUUAGUGCAAUUUUAUUGGAAACUGUUGGGAUUUUCUAAUUUUGUAACUUAACUAUUUACAAAUCAAUAAAAUGAAGUAUGUAUGCAUUUAGCAUCAUGUUGAUCGCACGUGCCGAAGACGCGCGCAUCAUAAUCAGUUGAUAUCAUAUACUGGGUUAAUAAAUAUUAAUUCUCUGAAUUAAACGAGUUUACCACGUAUCGGUGAUGACGUUUUUAUAAGACGUGAACUUGUCCUAAAAACGUUGUGGUGGGAGCUAAAGUUCAGCAAGCAAAUAUAUAAAAUAUACGCUGAUUACGUUGAAUGUUUGUGAUCUCGAACCAGUUGCAAGCGACUUAUCAACGAGUCUAGGAUACAUUUUGGAGAGGGCUUUUUUGGAUUAAUUACUUAAAAUGGCAGAAGAAUCAAGUCCCUCUGGGGCAGGAAACAGGUAUGGACCGCUUAUCGGAGCGCUUGAUGAAGGCACUAGCAGCGUUAGAUUCUUGAUUUUUGCUGCCAAUACAGCUGAGGUUUUGACAUACCAUCAAAAAGAACUAAAGGUAUUUUAUCCUAAAGAAGGUUGGGUUGAACAAGAUCCUAUGGAAAUUCUUGACGCUGUUCAUGAGUGUUUGACACAAACUGUAGAAAAUUUAAAGCAACUAACUAUCAAUCCAGCUGAUAUCGUUGCCAUUGGAAUAACAAAUCAAAGAGAAACUACUAUUGCUUGGGAUACUCAGACUGGAAAACCUUUACACAAUGCUAUUGUUUGGAUGGAUAUGCGAACAACUUCUAUAAUAGAUGAACUUUUAAAAAAAGUACGCAAUCAAAAUAAAGACUACUUAAAAUCAAUCUGUGGUUUACCAAUAAGUCCAUAUUUCAGUGCUUUGAAAAUGAGGUGGCUCAUGAACAAUGUUAAAGAAGUUCAAGAUGCUAUAAAAGAAAAAAGAUGCAUGUUUGGAACUGUUGAUUCCUGGCUUAUAUGGAACUUGACUGGAGGUAUAAAAGGUGGAGUACACUGUACAGAUGUCACAAAUGCUUCUAGAACAAUGCUGAUGAACCUAGUGAAUCUUAAAUGGGAUCCAUUUUUGUUAUCAUUUUUUGACGUUCCUUUAGAGGUACUGCCUGAAAUUCGAAGCUCUUCAGAGAUUUAUGGUAAUAUAGUAGAUGGUGUUUUACAAGGAGUUCCUAUUUCUGGUUGUCUGGGUGAUCAACAAGCAGCUCUCGUUGGUCAGAUGUGCUUUCAACAUGGCCAAGCAAAAAGUACUUAUGGAACAGGAUGUUUCUUACUGUAUAAUACUGGAACAAAGAUUGUUGAGUCAUCCCAUGGUUUAUUGACAACUGUGGCUUAUCAAUUUGGACCCAAAGCUGAUCCAGUCUAUGCGCUAGAGGGUUCUAUUGCUAUUGCUGGUGCAAUAAUUAAAUGGUUGAAAGAAAAUUUACAAGUUAUCAAAAAUGUUCAAGAGACAGAAACUAUAGCUGAAAAACUGAGCCAUGAUAAUAAAAUUAUUUUUGUACCUGCAUUUUCAGGUCUCUAUGCUCCAUAUUGGAGAAAAGAUGCAAGAAGUGUUAUUUGUGGAAUUACAGAAGAUGUUAACUAUGGUCAUAUUGUCAAAGCUGCUCUUCAAUCUGUAUGUUUUCAAACUAGAGAUAUCUUAGAAGCGAUGAAAGAGGAUACAGGAAUGACUUUGACAAAAUUGUUGGUUGAUGGUGCCAUGACAAGUAAUAGUCAACUUAUGCAAAUGCAAGCUGAUAUAUGUGGAGUUCCCGUUGUCAGGCCAGUUAUGUGUGAAAUAACAGCUUUAGGAGUAGCAAUUGCUGCAGGAUGCGCCGAAGGAAUAAAGAAAUGGGAUAUCAAUGUAGGAAACAACGUUCCUAGUGAUCAUUUUUCACCUGCUAUAACAGAAAAUGAACGAGAUAUACUAUAUUUAGAAUGGAAAAAGGGUAUAGAACGUAGCCUCGAUUGGGAAACUGAUGGUCCUUCAGAGGAGGAGGAGGACAUUAAUAAAAUGGCAGCAUCUGGCUUAUUUAUGUUUGGCACCUUGCUUUUGUUAUUGUUUGCCAAAGUUUGGACAUGAAGUUUCAAGAGUAUUUAUUAGAUCAAAUUUAGCCAAAAAAGUAUUAAGCAUUCUUAAACGUACUACUGUUCUAUAUUGGAAUAUUGCAUUUAAUUUCGCCAAAAGAUAAUUUUUUUUUAUACUUUUUAAAACAGAGAUAUUUAAAAAUGAUGAAUUACUUAUCAUAAAAAUAGUGAU